UCCUCUUUUUCGAAUGCAUUAUGCAUGCAAGAGAAUGGAUCACCGCCGCUACUUGCAUUUGGAUUAUAGAUCAGAUAACAUCCGGAUAUGGUUCAGAUUCGGAGAUCACUGCACUCGUUGAUCAAUAUGAUUGGAAAUUUGUUCCAAUCGCAAAUCCAGAUGGAUACGCAUACACCUGGAGUAACGACCGAUUAUGGAGGAAAAAUCGCGUUUUCAACAACGGGUCAAGUUGUCGCGGAGUCGAUGUCAACCGCAAUUUCCCGAUUGGUUUUGGUGGCUCUAGUGGUAGCUCUGACUCGCCAUGCUCUACUACUUACAGUGGAGAAGUUGCGUUUUCUGAGCUAGAGUCCUGCGCAAUUAGGGAUUUAAUCGCCGCCGACCGCGGAAGAGUCAAAUCGGCCAUCUCCGUUCACUCAUACGACCAACAGUGGCUUUCUCCUUACGGUUAUUCCACUGAAUUCCCACCAGAAUACGCUGAAAUGCUGCGUGCCAUGGAAAUAGGUGUCAAUGCAAUUACUGCUGUUUAUGGGACUCAGUACACAUAUGGCAGCUUCGCCACCGCUCUCUAUGUCGGAUCGGGGGUCACCACUGAUUAUUAUUACGAGGCUGAAGGAGUGGUUCACUCGUAUACAAUUGAGUUACGUGACGAUGGAACUUACGGCUUCCAAUUGCCGCCUGAUCAAAUAGUUCCGACAGCAAUCGAAACGUGGAACGGGAUCAAGGCUUUUGUUAACGCGAUUUAAGUGUGGUGUCGACAACUGCAGUUGAAGGUACCCGGUGAAAAAAAAAUCUUGGAUUUUCUGUUGAAACUAAAAUAAAGAUUGAAAAU